GUCCAAAAUGCCAAACAGAUGAACAGUGGGCUGAAACACAUGUUGGAGUCUGGAAUUGAAGAUUUCAGACUUGCUGAGUCUAACCAGAAAGUGAACGCUCGCUGGACCACAGACGAGCAACUUUUGGCUGUUCAAGGAGUCAGGAAGUAUGGCAAAGACUUCCAGGCCAUCGCCGAUGUCAUUGGUAACAAGACAGUAGGCCAAGUAAAAAACUUCUUUGUAAAUUAUCGUCGGCGUUUCAACCUGGAGGAGGUGUUGCAGGAGUGGGAGGCAGAACAGGGAACUCAAGCUCCAAAUGGAGACACUGCCUCUGGAGAAGAGGGAAAGAACAGCUCGACCACUCCGUCAGGGAAGAGCACUGAUGAAGAGGACGAGGAGGGUCAGGUCACCUCCUCAGGUGCAUCUCCUGCUGCCUCCUCUUCUUCUUCGGGUCAGAUUCCUGUGACGUCCAACUCCUCCUCCCUGCACCAGCCYCCUCCCCUCCUGAGACCCUCUCUGCCAGCCACGCCGUCACUCCACCGCCAGCCCCCACCUCUUCAGCAGCAGGCCCGCUUCCUGCAGCCCCGCCCCACCCUGCAGCAGCCCCCGCCUCUCAUUCGUCCCUCCAACCCAAUUCCGCCUCGCCUCAACCCCCGGCCCACCCCCGUGAGCCUCGGUGGUAACCCUGGAGGCUCCAUGUCCACUCAGCAGCCCUCUGGCCUGGCUGCUCACCAGUCGGACUCAGCCACCUCCUCCUCCAGCCACUGAGUUCUGGUUCUAGAACCACUUUAAAGCUUCUGCACUCACUUAGUUUCAGAUUUGACAAUUAGAUUUUUCAAAAAAACACUAAAGACCAAAAAGUCACAAAUUGACACAAAACAACAUAUUCUUCAUGUUUCAUUUUGUACUUUGAAAGUGCUGUAAUGGGAGAAGUUCGCCUGUUUUUCAGUACAUGGUGACCAGAUUCUGGGUUUAUAUUAACAAAACUUACGAAUCAUUAUCAACAAAUGGAUUGUGUUCC